CUCACCUCACAUGUCUACCUUAUGUUAUUUCUCCUUAUUGUGGGAAUAACGCCUCCGUAUCCAGUGGUAAGAUAUAGUUUACUUCCAUAUUGGUACGAAUGGAUUUUACUGGUUUGGUUAAGUGGCCUAUUAUUAUUUGAAUUAACAAAUCCAAGUGAUAAAUCUGGCUUGGGAUGGAUUAAACUGUCAGUGUUACUAUUUAGUAUUUUUGGAGUUGGUGUACAUCUUUUGGGACUACUUUUCAUAGAAAGAACAUAUUGGCCAACUUUAAUGUAUUGCAGAAAUCAACUUUUUGCUUUAAGUUUUGUUUUGGCGUGUGUACAAAUAUUAGAUUUUUUAUCAUUUCAUCAUUUAUUUGGACCAUGGGCCAUUAUAAUAGGAAACCUAAUGAAGGAUUUGGCAAGAUUUUUGGCAGUACUGGCAAUUUUUGUAUUUGGGUUUUCAAUGCAGUUUGUAGCCCUAAAUCAACCAUUUCAAAACCUCACGCCAGGGGAAAUAAGAAGACUUAAAGCUCCAUAUAGAGGAUAUUUUAAAGAUGUGAUUAUGAAUCCGCUGUAUGCAUUUGAGCUUCUGUUUUUCGCCGUAUUUGGUCAAACAACGUACGAUGAACUGUUGGUCAAGGCCCUGCCAAAUCACAUCCCACAUCGACCAUCUUGGACCGACAACCUGUUCAAAGUGGUCUUCGGCAUCUAUAUGCUGGUAUCGGUGGUUGUCUUAAUCAACCUUCUUAUUGCCAUGAUGUCUGAUACAUACCAGCGCAUUCAGAGCCCCACUUGCAUAUCUUCCAUGGCUAAAGCUGCAGCAUGA